AGAAGCCUCAUUAACGACACCGGAAACAGACACAUUACAGCUGAACAGGAUCCAGGAAGGAAGACGGAUUUUAAGGCACCAGUAAAGGUGAGCCAAGAUGGGUAAUUUUACUAGCCUAUUUCAAAGCUUGUUCGGCAAGAAAGAAAUGAGGAUCCUGAUGGUAGGACUGGACGCUGCUGGAAAGACCACCAUCCUGUACAAGCUCAAACUGGGAGAAAUCGUUACCACCAUCCCUACCAUCGGUUUUAACGUUGAGACGGUAACCUACAAGAACAUCACGUUUACAGUGUGGGACGUCGGUGGUCAGGACAAGAUCCGGCCUCUCUGGAGGCAUUACUUCCAAAACACACAAGGCAUUAUCUUUGUAGUGGACAGUAAUGACAGGGAGCGAGUCGGUGAGGCGAAGGAGGAGCUGCAGCGAAUGCUGGCCGAGGACGAGCUGAGGGACUCUCAUCUGCUCGUGUUCGCCAACAAACAGGACCUGCCCAAUGCCAUGAAUGCAGCUGAGGUCACAGACAAGCUGGGCCUGCACAGCCUGGGCAGUCGUAAAUGGUUUAUUCAGGCCACGUGCGCCACCGGUGGAGACGGCCUCUACGAGGGUCUCGACUGGCUUUCCGCCAUGCUAAAGCACACGAAAUGAUCCGCCUCCCUCCGCCUGUCACUCCUGUCUGCAGUGUGACGGUAUGACGGGAUGACUGUACCCGCUCUGGUCUCAUUCUCUCCUUUCCUCUCUUGGACCUUUUUGACCAGUGCUCCCCAUCAUCUGUGUACUGUGGGAGUGUGUAUUUUUGGAUGGCCGAACUCUCGUGCACGUUAAUCCUCCAGUUUGGGCACAUCCCACACAUUCCUCAAAGGAAAGAAUGACACAGGAUGUUGAGUCCUGUGUCAUUCAGUCUUUACAUCUGCUAGCGACAUCCCAGAUCAGUUCUCAUUCUUUUUUGAAAAUGAUGCGUUUUGGCGCAUUUAACUUUCAAAUGUUACAGUGAACACUGGAUGCUUUACAUCUUUAUAUCUAUCCCCAUUUGUUAAAUCUUUUCUUCAGUUUUUUUAUAUCCAUUUCAGUCCCACCUCUGAAAGUUAUCCAUCUUUUAUAACCAGAUACUUUUUUUCAGUUCGCCUUGUGUUUUACACAAAGAUCCAUCAUGACUGGGUGUCGGAAAGGCAAUCAAAUGAUAGAGUGUAUGUUUACAUGUUUGGAGUUGAGAGGGGUUUUCAGCUACUUCCAAAUGGAGUUUUUCUUUUUAUUUACUCGCUUAUUUUUCUAGUGUUUUCAGUUCUUUGCUUCAGUUUUCUGUGUUGUUGUUUUUUUGAAUGUUACUGUUGAUGCGCGCACCGCCUGGUGUCCUUUUGCAUGAGCUGUCGUUCCAGGUGUGCAUUCUCUUGGGUGAAAUGCUCUUGAGGACCACUUGGUUUGAUUCAGAGAGGACUCUAUGUGUUCUGUAUGAACCAGCACUGUAAACGCUUCCCUGCUGCUUCAGCCUUCAUGGUGUUUUCCUGCAUGUAGCGAGGGCUUAUUUAUAUUAUGUCCCUCUAAUGCCGUUUGCACAACCUCAUCAACUUGCACAACACAUGUCUGUAACAAAACAGCACUAAUCCAUCAGCCCUUGCAAUGAAACCAUAGACUAUAUCCCCUCCCAUAGUUCUACACCAGCAGACAGUUGAAAUGUGCAAACCAAGAAUGUUUGCACCAGUUUACCCAGUAGCAGAAUCAUUUUCACACACAUCCACUUAUGCUUAAGGCUCCUACAAUAAAUACUCAUGCACACUGAGUGAAGAUCACUCUAAGGUCAUAAUAUCACAUUUUUCUAGAUUUGAGCGGAUCGACUAAUUCUUUGGGUUUUCUUUGUCCCUCUGUUGGGGUAUUUCUUAAACAUCAGUAACGUUAUCGAAUAUUUGAUAUGCUAAACAUCAUGAAAUAGAAAUAGAUGUAAUAUUUUGUAAGACAGUGUAUCUACCAUGGUUUGGAUUUGAAGCUUUAACUUCUGAGAGGUGUAUGUAUAUGUUUGUCUUAAGCUCAUCUUGUAGCACAUGUCAUGCCUUUUCAUUGGAAUAAGGAAUAACUCAUUCAUAUGAGAAAUAAAUGCCUUGCCAAAUAAUAUUUUUAAAUUAUUCUAUAGUUAGCCAAAGUAAAGUUCACAUUAAAAAAAAACACAUGACAGGGAAUUGGGGGUGGGGGGUUGGGGGGCCUUUUUGAUUUAAGGUACUUUUGUCACCGUGGAGAUAUAACAUAGCUUGGAUUAUCAUAAGGGCUCUUUAAGAGUGACAUUUCAAGUAUAUUUUUGUAUUUAUUUUGUUAACCUUGAAGUUUUGAGUGUGGCGUUGAUCAGCCAUUAUUUUUGUCCAAAAUUCACUUAACAAAAUAAAAAGAUGUGUCAACAUUGUCA